AUGGUAGACCAAGGAACAAAAUCCCUUUUGGAGUACGGUAUUCCUGACACGACUACCGGACUUCUUUCUAGCAUCGUCAGGCCACCUGUGACGGCUGAGCACUACGAACUUAAGCCGCAAUUUAUUCAAUUCAUCUUUAAUGAUUCAUUUGCAGGCACACCACAUGAUUGCCCAGUAAGUCAUAUUGAUAGUUUUCUGGAGAAAUGUGACACAAUGAAAAUGAAUGGUGUAACAGAUGAUGCUAUAAGACUUCGCCUUUUCCCCUUCUCAUUACGGGAUAGGGCAAGGGAGUGGUUGAGAGAUGAAGGCACUGGCUCGUUCGAUACAUGGGACAAGCUAGUGAAGGCCUUCUUAGUGAAGUUUUUGGGACAAGAGAAGACUGCUAGGUUGAGGAAUGAGCUAUCCACCUUUAGACAGUCAGAUGACGAGUCUCUCUAUGAGGCUUGGAGAAGGUUUAAGAGGCUACAGAGACAAUGCCCUCAUCAUGGCAUUCCAGAGUGGAUAUUAAUGCAAACCUUCUAUAAUGGAAUGACUCAUGAGUUCCGAAUCUAUAUUGAUUCUGCGUCAGGAGGCUCUCUCUUGACAAAGAACCCAACUGAAGCAAAGGAGCUUGUAGAGAAGAUGGCGGCCAAUGACAAUUAUCAUCCAGGAGGCCAACAUACUGUGAAAAAAGGAGGUAAACUUGAUGUAGAUGCCUUGACUAUGCUAACCAGUUCUGUGCAGGCACUAACAAGCAGGUUUGAUAAGUUCCAAGCUGGAACUUCUACUAGCCCACUGGAGGUUUUUCAAUUGUGCAAUGUGCAAGGCCACAUCGCACCAGAUUGCCCGCAGAACAUGAGUGAGAUGUCUAUUGAACAAGCCAAUGCUUUCUACUCUUCGAACCCCAAACAACCUUUUAAUCCCUACUCUAAUUCUUUCAACGAAGGUUGGAAACAACAUCCCAACUUCUCCUAUAAAAACACCCAAGCACAGCAAAAUCCACCACCACCACCUGGCUUCCAACAAAUACCACCCAUGAACCCACAACCAAUGCAACCACAACCUCAAAAAUCUAGCCUUAAGGUGAUGAUAGAGAGCUUUAUUACUGCAACCAAUAGUGCAAUCCAACAACAAAGUAGCUCUAUCCAACAACAAGGUAACUCCAUCCAACAGUUGCAAGCCCAGAGUAAGCUCAUGGAAACCCAAAUAAGUCAACUUUCACAACAGGUGAGUCGCCUAUCAACUCUUCAUGAUCAAGCAAAGGUCCAGAAAGAACAAUGCAAUGCAGUUUUCUUGAGAAGAGAUGAACCAUCUCCGAGGCAUAUAGGUGAGAAGGUGUGCAGUGUGGAGUCUAGGAAGGAUGAAAGGGGAAAAGAUGUCCAAGGCCCCAAAUAUGUUGCUCCACCGGCUUAUGAGGAACCAAUGCCUUUCCCGCAAAGGUUGUCAAAAGCCGUACUCGAUAGACAUUUUGGGAAAUAUUGCGAAGCCCUUGAGAAGGUACAUGCUUCUACUCCCUUUUCCGAUCUUUUAAUUCAAAUGCCUCAAUUUGCAACUUUUGUGAAGAAUAUUAAAGAUCAACAUGAGGAUAAGGACGUAGUAAAUAAGAAAGGCCCUACUCUCUUAUAUGAUAACCUACCACCUAAGCUCCAUGAUCCUUGUAGUUUCACUAUUCCCUGCACGAUAAACGAAAAAUUUUUCGACAGGGUUUUGACCUCUAGACUCCCUAAGGUUGUGGUUGAAGAUGUCUUAGUUAAGGUUGGUGAACUUGUUUUUCCUGUUGAUUUUGUUGUUAUGGACAUGAAAGAAGACUAUAAGAUCCCGAUUAUAUUUGGUCGUCCAUUCCUUGCGACAAGUCAAGCUUUAAUAGAUGUUCCUAAAGGACAAGUGACCAUUAGGGCCCAGUAUAAACAAGUCAUGUUCAAGCUCUUUGAUGAACAUAAUUCUAUAUUUGAUGGCGGUACUUGCUUAAGAAUCGAUGCUAUUGACCCCUUGGUUGAUAAGUAUGUAUUUGAUAGAAUGUUCGUGAGAAGAAAGGACAAAAUUCCACCCGAUGAUGUAUUUGGCCACAUGAAGGUGAAAAGAACAGAUUCUACGAAGGAGGACUCUAUGGAAGGGGCAUGA